UGUUACUUCUCCGUUAUAUCACACUAAGUAGUGACACUUUGCAGGUGUAAUAUCAGAUGGGAAAUUAACAGUCAAAGUCAUCCAUCAAAUAUAUAAGCAGGAGAUAUACUCUCGAGUUGUACUGUGUCAGCGUGUUAUGAGUUCUAUAUGAAAGUUUUACAAUAAAGGGACGUGAAAUACUCUUAAAAAGGACAUGAACAUGGUGUUAAAGGAACAGAUGACCAAUACUGCAGUUCCACAAUCUAUUCCAAGAAUUACUGUAACGAGUUCUACAGACGAAGAAACUUCGAAAAGUCAUAAAACUGCUGAAAAGAUACAGGUGCGUCUUUUAACUUUAGAAGAGAAAUACCGCAGUUACCUUCUCUACCAACAGAUAAAAGCUUUUGAAGAGAAAGUGUACCUUAGCUAUGACAACUUUAACGUGGACAUGCUUCUUAAAAUGUUCCGAGAAAUGGCACGACGUUGCAAGGGGGCCCGUGAUAUAUACACACUAGCGGGACUGCGGCAGGCUCUACAGGUAGAAAUACGAAAAAGUCGUAUGCGUCAAAGAAAUAAAAAGAGUGAUUUACCAGAAAAGAAACCGGAAGAACCUGAUCAAGUUGUACAAUAUUUCAUUUGGUUUUUCAAUAAUUUGAAAUACUUACGAGAUCUUCGUGCAAACUUUGUAGACAGAGUUUUCAACCCUCUAUUCAAAUACUUUUAUGAAUUCGGGAGUACAGGCCCUGACCGUGAACGUUCCGUUGAUUCAGCGAUGUCAUUUUCAAAUUUCAGCGUAAAUUCAGUGAAAACAUUUAAUAGUCAUGUAACAGGAUUGUCCUCAUUUUCUGGCUGGAGUCAACUUGGACUCUCUGAAACCGGAAGUCAGGAAUCUGAUGAAAACAUUCACACGACACGGAAAAAGAUGUUAGCAAGAGCUGCCUUGCUCCUACUCGGGAGGGAGUUUAGAGAUAUCAAAAACCUUUACGAUUCUACAGAAAUAGAAAAAAUCUCACACAGACUUUCGUUUUUAAAGGAGCAAUUAGAUUUCCUUAUUGACAACGAGUCUCAAUUUAGUUCUGAAAUGUUCAGUCAAGACAGCGAAAAGGCCGUUUGUCACUUAAAAGUGAAAAAUUCAAGAACUUAUAGUUUGAUGAGGCUGAUUCCAGAUAUUCUUGUCAAGUUUCAGAAGGCUGCAUGGUUAGCAAAGCGUUGGUUGGAACUAGAUGACAUGAAAACAAAAGACUUGAAUGAGCGGUUACAGAAAUUAGCAGCGUUGGAGGGACAGUUCUCAAAACGCUUAUCUGCACUCUCUAAGAAUAUUCAGGAGCACGAAUCUCAAUUAGAAAGAGGGACAAAGGAAUUACAGAAUUUGUUGAAACGGGAAGACCGAACAAGCGACCUUGAAUUAAAAGUGCACGACUUUAAAGGAAAAAUAUCAAAACUUGAAACGGACAUGCAAACUCUGAAUGAAGAAAAAAUACAACUUGUCAAAGAUAUCGAAGAUACAAAAAAGACAAUGAAUGUUUCUGGGCAUAAAAACUUAUUGACAAUGUACGAAAGGAACAAACUUCAAAGGUAUGCCAUCGAAAGACAAUUAGCUGCUAUUAGAUUUCAGGAAAACAUUGCUUUGAAGGACAUGGAGGUCGAGACUGAGGUCAAGCCAAAUAUCAUGCAUUUCACUAAUGACGUACAAGACAGAUGUGAGGAGUUAGAACGCGCACUGGAACAAGAAAAAAGAGAGAAAAAUACCCUCCAAGCUGCACUAUAUCCCAUUUCCAAAGACAAGGAAUUCAUUGCUGAGAAACUUCGCGAGAAACAAAUGCAUAUUGCUGAAGAGCGAGGACAAGUCUUAGCAAAGUAUGUAGGUAGUUCAAAUAGACCGGAAAUAAUAGCUCAAUAUGUAGGUAGUUCACACAGACCGGAUAUUUCCUUCAGGUCUCUACCUGAACAUCCAGUUGACAAUGACCUUGCAUUUAAUGGUAAUUUAACAAGCCGUUCCAUUUUACACCAACCUUUUACCUCCAGAUUGCCGCCAAAUUAUCUCAUCGAAGGCAGAGAUUCAUCAAUGCAAACAUCACCACUUUCUGACUGGUAGCCUGUGAUCUAAGUUAACAUCACCACUUUCUGACUGGUAGCCUGUGAUCUAAGUUAACAUCACCACUUUCUGACUGGUAGCCUGUGAUCGAAGUUAACAUCACCACUUUCUGACUGGUAGCCUGUGAUCGAAGUUAACAUCACCACUUUCUGACUGGUAGCCUGUGAUCGAAGUUAACAUCACCACUUUCUGACUGGUAGCCUGUGAUCGAAGUUAUUUGUUAUUACGCAGUUUCUGACUGGUAGCCUGGGAUCGAAGUUAUAUGUUAUUACGCCGUUUCACGCGAGCAAUUUUUCAGUUGAACAAUAGUGUUAUGCAAGAUUAAAAUAAUAAAUCAUUAUUAAUAUGAAUUUGAAUAAUAACAUCAUUAAUUCCGAUUGUAUAGUGUUUAUUAUUUUUUAAGGAAAUUCUUUUGAGGUAUUAGCUAAGUGAAAUAGGAAAUGGAUUUUACAACCGAUAUAUACAAAUGGUUGCUUUUUAUUUUUGUUUAGAGAAUAAAAGGUCAUGUAAAUAUUUUUUUUUUUCAAUUAUGGAAGUAUUUGGACAUUGUUUUUUUUAGUUUAAGAAGUUUUAACUUUCCAACUGUCAACACUAGUUAGUGCACAUAUUUGCAGAUGCAGACUUUAAUUAGUACAUACUUAUAUGUGACUAUUUUAGAUGAACUUGUUAAUGGUGAAUGCUUUAACUGUUGUUAUUUUUUUAUUAUAUGUUUAUGACAUAAUUCUUAAUUAUAUGUUGGGGUUAAAUGGUUCUUAGAUAUUUAUGUUGUGGUUACCAUGAUAUACAACCUGAAUGUUUGUAAAUAAGUAUGUAACACAUAUUGGGGAAAACAUUUGAAAAAAAAUUAAUAGAAAAACGAUUACCUCAUCGCUAGUGAAUUUCCGGAUCAUCGUUAAAAACUUUCUGUCAAACAAAAGAGAAACCAACAAAAGCACACUAUUUCCUUGAUUCGUGUUAUUGCACGUUGUCUCAUUAUCAUCCAGCCCAUCUUUAUUGUACGUUGUCUCAUUAUCAUUCAGCCCAUCUUUAUUGCACUUUGUCUCAUUAUCAUCCACCCCAUCUUUAAGGGGGAACAAAACUAAAUAAUAAUUUCUUUGUAUCGAUCUGAUGAGUUAAGCCUUUUUCAACUGAUUUUUAUAGUUUGUUCUUAUGUUGUGCUGUUACACCACUGUCCCAGAUUAG